ACAAGAAGUAUCAGAAACUUAAAUCUUUUCUCAUCAAAAGCAAAACCCAGAAGAGAAAAAGCAUUGAUAAUGGCUUCGAUCACCGAAGAAGUGAGGGCUAAAGCCGAGAUUUACCAGGGAGACGCCAUAUGCCAGGAGAAGACGAAGGAGUUCCUGAAAGAAAAGGCUUUGCCUAAUGGGUUGCUGCCAUUGAAGGACAUAGAAGAGGUUGGCUAUGACAGAGAGUCAGGUACCGUGUGGCUGAAGCAAAAGCAGAGCAUCGUCCACAAGUUCGAGGAGAUAGGGAAGCUUGUGUCCUACGAAACAGUGGUCACUGCAGUGGCAGAGACCGGCAAGAUCAAGAAGCUGACUGGCGUCAAGGCCAAGGAGCUUCUUGUGUGGGUCACGCUCAAUGAGAUUGUUGCUGAGGAGAUCAAGAAGAUCACGUUCAAGACGCCUGCCGGGUUAUCGAGGACGUUCCCUUACUCGGCCUUUGAGGUUCCCGAGAAGGAGAAUGUCCCCGAGGAAGAGAAGAAGGACGAGAAAGUGGCCGAGGAGGAGAAACCGGUUUCUGCAAGUGAGGCCAGUAAGGCUGUUGAAGUGAAGGAGGUCUGAUAAGUGGGAGAUAUUAUCUCACUGCUACAAGAAUGGUGCUGCUAUAUCCUCUACAUAUGUUGCUACUAUUGCUGUUUGAUUUUUGCUUGUAAUAAGAUGUUGAAACCCUUCCUUCUGUUUCAAACACGCUCAAUGAGAUUAUCCAGAUCUUUGGGAAUGAUUCACUCAA